AUGCACACAACAGCAGAGAAACAAGGAGGAAAGGAGGAGCAGCGAAAUAAUAUGGAUGUAAAACAUGUGAAAGAGCAAGAGUUCCCCUCAGAAAGGCCUACAGUAGCGGAGAAAGAUGGAUCCCAACCAGUCCACAGUCCUGUCUUAGGACAAUCGGGGACUGGAGGGGCAUUACAACAAUUCAUAAUGGGGCCAGAAAUAAUGAAAAAUCAACAGAGAAGCAGAAAUAAAGUCUGGCACAGGCAGGAGCAGACUAAGGAUCGAGUACACAACUCCACUCAAAUAACUCCCCAAAAGAGGAAUGUCCAGAAUGCUGGGGAGAUAGGAGAUACUCAAGCGGAUCCAGAAUCACAAGCGAAGAAAGCUAAGAAAUUGAAUUUCAAGUUGCAGGAGUGA